CGCCGAGAGAGGCGAGCGCGAGGCAGAGAGAGCGCGAUUCGGCUCCAAACUCCGGCGCUGCAGCCUCUUCGACUCCGGGCCGCGGUGGGCGCCGCGCGCAGCCUGGGAGUCGGGGAGCUGGGAGCCGCGGCGCGACCGGAGGACUCCCCGAGCGCGAGGGUCGCGGCGCCCCGCAAAGCCCGAGCCGAGUCAAGCCCGGCGCCCCGGCCGCGGCGGCAUGGGGGCGCCCCCGCGGCGCCCCACGCUGCCCACCACCGUCGCGGCCGGCGGCCGGAGGCAGGAGCGCGCCUGAGCCCAUGGCGAGGGGACCCGCCGCCCGCGCUCCCUCUGCCACCGCCGCCGCCGCCCCGCCACCGCCGCCAGCUCCCGGGCACCAUGCGAGCCGCCCCGAGCCUCCGCGGCUGCGUCUGCCUGCUGCUCGCCGCGAUCCUGGACCUGGCGCGCGCCUACUUGACUGUCAACAUUGAGCCCCUCCCACCCGUGGUGGCCGGAGACGCCGUGACCUUGAAGUGUAACUUCAAGACGGAUGGUCGCAUGCGUGAGAUCGUGUGGUACCGGGUGACGGACGGCGGCACCAUCAAGCAGAAGAUCUUCACCUUUGACGCCAUGUUCUCCACCAACUACUCGCACAUGGAGAGCUACCGCAAGAGGGAGGACCUGGUGUACCAGUCCACCGUGAGGUUGCCCGAGGUCCGCGUCUCGGACAACGGUCCCUACGAGUGCCACGUGGGCAUCUACGACCGCGCCACGAGGGAGAAGGUGGUCCUGGCCUCAGGCAACAUCUUCCUCAACGUCAUGGCUCCUCCUACCUCCAUCGAAGUGGUGGCCGCUGACUCGCCAGCCCCCUUCAGCCGCUACCAAGCCCAGAACUUCACGCUGGUCUGCAUCGUGUCUGGAGGGAAACCAGCGCCCAUGGUUUAUUUCAAACGCGAUGGGGAACCGAUCGACGCAGUGCCCUUGUCGGAACCUCCGGCUGCAAGCGCUGGCCCCCUCCAGGACAGCAGGCCCUUCCGCAGCCUCCUGCACCGCGACCUGGAUGACACCAAGAUGCAGAGGUCACUGUCCCUGCUGGACACUGAGAACCGGGGUGGGCGUCCCUACACGGAACGUCCCCACCGCGGCCUGACCCCGGAUCCCAGCAUCCUCCUCCAGCCGACCACCGAGAACAUCCCAGAGACGGUGGUGAGCCGCGAGUUCCCCCGCUGGGUCCACAGCACUGAGCCCGUCUACUUCCUGCGCCACAGCCACACCCCGGGCAGCGACGGCACCGUGGAGGUGCGCGCCCGCCUCACCUGGACGCUCAACCCGCAGAUCGACAACGAGGCCCUCUUCAGCUGUGAGGUCAAGCACCCAGCGCUGUCGAUGCCCAUGCAGGCCGAGGUCACGCUGGUUGCCCCCAAAGGACCCAAAAUCACAAUGAGGCCCAGCAGAGCCCGCGUCGGGGACACGGUGAGGAUUCUGGUCCACGGAUUUCAGAACGAAGUCUUUCCGGAGCCCAUGUUCACGUGGACGCGGGUCGGGAGCCGCCUCCUGGACGGCAGCACCGAGUUCGACGGGAAGGAGCUGGUGCUGGAGCGGGUUCCCGCCGAGCUCAACGGCUCCAUGUACCGCUGCACUGCCCAGAACCCACUGGGCUCCACCGACACGCACACCCGGCUCAUCGUGUUCGAAAACCCAAAUAUUCCAAGAGGAACGGAGGACUCCAAUGCAGCGAGAGGGUGCCCCCGGCAUCCAGCACUGGGACAGGCACUGAGUGGGGGAGGCGAGGAAGGAAAUCGAAGACACGUCCCUCCCCUGGGGGCGUCCACGUCCUGACCCCCAGCACCUGUGACUAUGUUACCUUACGAGGCAAAAGGGGCUUUGCUGUUGUGAUGAAUUUAAAUUGGGAGGAUCCUGCUGGAUUAUCCGGGUGGGCCCAAUGUAGUCACAAGCAUCCUUAUAAGAGAGAGGCGAGAAGACAGUAGAAGAUGUGAUGACAGGUGCAAGAGUCAAUGCAAGGAAGGGGCCACGAGCUGAGGAACGUGGGCUGCCUCCAGAAGCUGAAAAGGCAAGGACACGGAUUCUCCCUGGGAGCCGCCGGAAGGAACCGGCCCGGCCAACGCUUUUAGCGCCAUGUGACUAAUUUCAGCCUUCUGACCUCCAGGACCCGAAGGAAAUACAUUUGCCUUGUUCUAAGCCAUUAAGUUGGGGGUCAUUUGUUACAGCAGCCAACAGAAACACAUACAAUCACACAAGAUGUUUGCAAAGGCCAGACCUAGGGGUGGCACAGAUCACCUCUGCCCGCAUCCCGUUGGCCAGAAGUCAUCACACGGCUCCCCCCCAGAUGCAAGGGAGGCUGAGAAAUAGUCUUCCUGGGUACCCUGGAUGGGGAGAUGGGGCGGUCAGCACAGAACAUCGUGUCUGCCACGGAGAAGCAGGGGUGCGUUCAAUGACUCAUUUCCGUGUAACUCUGUCCAGGCCGGGGCAUCAAGAGGAGGGAGCAUUGGGAGGACUCAUCACCAGGAUGGCCCUCACCCACCUCAGCUGCAUUGAGUUCCCUGGGCUGCUUCCCCCUUCCCAGCCAGGAGAGAUAGGACCUCACUGCGCCCUCUGUCCGUCUCCCAGGUCAUGCAGACAUCCCGGCGGAUCGGGACCCAUCCGUACAAACUCCAGGCUUCAGACACACCAGGCUGGGGAUUACGCAGGGGCUCUGUCCCCUUGCUGUCAUCAUAGCCCUUCUGACUCCCUAACUCUUCCCGGGAAUUCCAGGCUCAGAUGCCCAACUUCCCACUGUCAUCCUCUUCUCCAUUGGACAUCUCAUACUCAUUUACAGCUUCACGUGGCUGAAACCCAACUUUGAUUUGCCCUUCCAAAGCACGCUCCUUCCCCUCCCCGGGAAACGGUGCCGCCCCACCCAGCUGACCCGGUCAAACAUUUAGCUGCUCUCUUUCCUUCAUCUCUGCACUUCCAAUCAAUAGCUUGUUGACUUAACUCUCAAAACUCGUCCUGAAUUCACUCACUUCUCUCCUUCUGCAUGGCCACCACGCUCCACUCACAAAGCCACCCUUCCCUGGAAAACUGGCUCGGCGUCCCGGCUGGUCUGCAGACUGGCCUCGUCCCCUACCCUCCACAGUCUGGUCUCCCCACAGCAGCCAACGGGGUCCUUGUAAACAUUGAUCAUUCCGUGGGGCCCCCAACUCUGAACCCUCCAAUGGUUUCACAUCCGCUAUAGACUGAAUUCUGUGUCCCCCCAAAUUCAGAUAUUGAAACAUCACCCCCCAUGUGACGGCCUUCGGAGGAGGGGCCUUUGGGAGGUGAUUAGGUCAUGAGGGGGGAGCCCUCAUGAAAGGGAUUAGCGCCCUUAUAAAAGAGACCGUCGAGAGCCAUCUUGCUCCUUCCACUACGUGAGGACACAGCGAGAAGCUGGCAAUUUGCAACCUGGAAGAGAGCCCUCGCCAGAGCCUGGCCACGCUGGCACCUGGUCCUGGACUUCCAGGCUCCAGACUGUAAAAAAUAAAUUUCCAUUGUUUGUAA